AUGUUAUCUACAGUCUCAACAUCCAAAUACAUCUUGCUAUCUUUACCUCUUAUCAAUACCGCUCUAGGCGCUACCUAUACGUUAUCUAAAUCCUGGCAAGGUAAUGAUUUCUUCGAUGGUUUCACCUGGUGGGAAUGGGAUGAUCCCACUAAGGGAAGAGUCAAUUAUGUGAAUCAAGAGACAGCCAUUUCGAGGAACCUGUCUUAUGUGAACGGCGGGAACUUCAUCAUGAGAGCAGACUCGACCAACGUCGUUGAUCCCUCUGCUAGAGGGAGGGAUUCAGUGAGGAUUCACAGUAAAGACACUUACACCGAUGGUAUCUUGAUCAUGGAUGUCAAACAUAUGCCUACGGGAUGCGGUACUUGGCCAGCAUUCUGGACAUGUACCAGAGCUGGAACAUGGCCAGCCGGCGGAGAAGUCGAUAUCAUCGAAGGGAUUUACGGUAUAAACCAGCAAUAUUCCAACAAUUUGUUUACUCUCCAUUCGGACGCCGGAUGUAAGAUGCCAGCUACCAAUAGAGGAUCAGGUACGCCUCUGUUGAGCGAUUGUACCGGCGGUGUAGGAUGUGGUGUAAGAGAUAAGAGCUCGAAGAGUUUCGGUGAAGAAUUCAAUAAGAAUGAAGGUGGAACUUUCGUCAUGAGAAGAUCAAAGACUCGAGGAUUCUCAUUCUGGUUCUGGCCUCAUAAUUCACCUCAAGCACCUGCCGACAUCACCUCCGGUUCUCAGACUAUCAUGGAAUCACUCUGGUCAACACCCAUAGCCAACUUCCCAGCGGAUCAGUGUGAUAUUGAUAGACAUUUCGAUGAUCAUGAGAUUAUAAUCAAUCUGACCUUCGCGGGAGUCUGGGCAGGUGGAGAUUCCCAAUGGGCCGCAUCAGGCUGUGCCGGUACAGCGGGAUGGACUCCCGACGAUUAUGUCAAUAAGAACCCUCAAGCUUUCACUGAUGCUUAUUGGGAGAUUAGGAGCUUGAGAUGGUAUACCCCAGUUUGUGCUGCUGGUGCGAAGAAACGAAGGUUGACAGAGGAUCAAUGGUAG